CCCACUUCCGGCAUUUACUUCUUUCCCGAAGACGAUGUACCCCCACCUGGCGACCCAAUUUGCGACUUGCAACUGGACCAACCAUCGCUCACGGGUACCCUCCGCCGAAACUUCGUCUCAAUAUUUGGUAAAUAUAUCCGCCCGUGGGCUACACACACGGACGCCAAUUAUCCGCUACCGGUAUCGCCAGUACGACAGCAGGUCUUCCUCCCACUUGUGCAAGUCUCGUACCAAUGUCAAAUCUUCACGACAACCACCAGGACAACACUAACACAGGUAUUCUACCACCCCGGGAACCGACCCAUUUCCAAAGCAACCUACACGUUCCCACUAUGGGCGAAUUGUUCCGUCGUCUCUUUCGUUUGCAGAGUCGGUGAAAGUAAGGUUAUUACCGGGGUCAUAAAACCGAAAGAAGUCGCGAAGGAGGCUUAUGAGAAGGUUGCAAGCAGCGGGAAGAUGGCUGGGCUGUUGGAGUAUAACACCCCAGAUGUUUUCACCACAAGUAUUGGGAAUAUACCCGCUGGUGUGAAGAUUAAAGUUGAUAUUGGGUACAUUUUGGAGCUACCACAUGAUGCGGAGGUGGACGGUAUCAAGUUCACGGUCCCGCUGUCGAUUGCGCCAAGGUACGGACCACCGCUGCCUGGUGCGUUUGGCCAGAGCGCCCCCGAGGUAUGGAUGGAUAAGAGUCUCCGGAUGGAGAUCGAGGUUGGUAUGGGAGAAGCGAUAAAGUCUAUUGAAAGCCCUUCGCAUCCAAUAGCUGUCGAGCUUGGAAAGCAUGGAAAAGGGAAAGGGAGAGCCAACAACCAAGAGCACGAUCCCAAGGAGGCCUCGGUCACUCUGUCUCAAACACCUGCUGAGCUUUUGAAAGAUUUCGUGCUUUUGAUCACUACUGUGACUCCUCACUUCAUAUCUACCCCCUAGGCACUGCUAGAAACCCAUCCAACUAUCCCCGGUCAUCAAGCUUUAAAAGUAACGCUUGCACCGCGCUUCGAGAUGCCAGGGACGGAAACACCGGAAAAUACUGAAAUAGUCUUUCUAGUCGAUCGAUCCGGUUCUAUGAGAGACACCAUCGAGCACGUAAAAUCAGCCCUCCGUGUAUUCCUCAAGUCUCUCCCGUUAGGCUGCUUUUUCAACAUUAUAUCCUUCGGCAGUAAGAACACCUUUCUCUGGGAGCGCUCCAAAGCCUACACCGAAGGAACCUUGAAUACCGCAUCCGAGCACAUCGAGACGUUUGACGCGAGUUAUGGUGGGACAAAACUAUUACCUCCCUUGAUGCAAGCAUUUUCCCGCAGACACUCGGAACCGGGAAUGAGUACCGAAAUCAUGGUUCUUACAGACGGAGCGAUCUGGAGGCUGCCAGAGCUACUAGAAUAUAUCCAAAAAAUGCGUAAGCAAAGCGGUGGGGCGAUUCGGCUUUUCAGCCUGGGGGUGGGAGAAAGGGUGUCGCAUGCACUCGUUGAGGGAAUUGCAACUGCUGGGGGAGGAUAUUCCUAGAUUGUGCCCAGUGGUGAGGCCGGCGGUGACGCAUUGGCAAAUGGUCUAGAGGCGAAGGUGGUGAGGAUGCUUAACAGUGCCUUGACGGAUCACAUUGAGGAGUAUAAGUUGCAUGUUUUGCAAGAGGAAGGGGACGAGGAAGAUUCGGAGAGCGAGGGUGAAGGGGGAGCUGGGUCAAGAGCACAGAUAACCCCCGCCGAUCCGGCUCCAGUACGAGUCAGAGCCCCGGCGGGACGGUCGGGGAGGAUUAACCUGUUUGAUCCUACUGUGGCGCCGCGCCGGCGUUCUCCUCCGCAAUCUCGCUUAUCGGAUGUGUGCCCGGCCCCAUCUUUGGCCAACAUCCAGGAUAGCGGAAACAGAUUCGCCCACUUGAAGAAGUUACAAGGCCCGGAGGUAACCCAAGCACCUUUCAAAAUCCCACCACUUUUCCCAUAUGAGAGGUCCGUAGUGUACCUCCUCGUCCCCCCUACCACUAAACAAUUGAAGUACGCAAAGUCCGUGACUUUGAGUGCGACCACAAUUGCCGGCGGCAAGCUCUCACUUUCAAUUCCAAUCACUCACAUCAAGCAGCCGGGAGAGACUGUGCACCAACUCGCUGCUAGGAUGUUAUUACGUGAUUUGGAAGAGGGUAGAAGCUGGCUUCAUUCUGAUAAAUGCGGUGUUCCAGGAGGAGAUCCGGCGCGAGUUCAGGAGUACGUCCAGAGAGAAGGUGAAGAGGUUGGCAUGAGGUGGUCACUGGCGAGUAAAUGGACCAGCUUUAUAGGCGUGGAAGAGGAGAUUAUGGAUGUGGCCCCGAUCCGGGCUCCCGCGUCACCCGAGGGAGAUCUAUCAGCAUUGCCAGAGGGCAGAUAUUCCGCUCCCUUUACACCUAGUAUAUCGGCCGAAACUAGUGCAGAUAGUGAAGACAUCAUGACCGCCAGCACAUCCACCUCCUCUUCUAGAUUCGAUGGUAUCCCUUUGCUAAGGUCUCGUCCUACGCAUUCAGUUCCCGUAGCGAUAGGUUCUGAAUCUCUGCCGCGUGUUCUAAGGGGGGCUCUAGUGGUGAACAGUGGAGUUGAUACAAUGAGUCGCCUUCUGGCUCCGAGGGAUACGCCUGAUCCCACACAUCCGAUAUGGGCCCCCCCGAUACCCCCUCCCCACGGGAGCCCACAGCCUCCCAGACCGGCUCGCCUUCGGCUCGACAACGAAGGCUCCAGCAACAACAAAGGGUGCAUCAUCAGCGAAGGGUACGGAGAGUGCAGCAAAAACGAUGCCUCCAGCAACAACAUCGGAGACUUCAGCAACAACAUCGGAGACUUCAGCAAUAACAUCGGAGACUUCAGCUACAACAUCGGAGACUUCAGCAACAACGAAGGGUGCAUCACCAGCGAAGGGUACGGGGUGUACAGCAGGGGCGGUGCCUCCGGCAGCAGCAUCGGAGGCUUCGGCGGCAACGAAGGGUGCAUCACCAGCGAAGGGUACGGGGUGUACAGCAGGGGCGGUGCCUCCGGCAGCAGCAUCGGAGACUUCAGCAACAACGAAGGGUGCAUCACCAGCGAAGGGUACGGGGUGUACAGCAGGGGCGGUGCCUCCGGCAGCAGCAUCGGAGGCUUCGGCGGCAACGAAGGCUCCAGCAACAGGCGCGAAAGCUCCGAGUUCUUCAACACCAGAAAAGUCAACGAUUACGGGAUCGACUACAAGCCGGCGCUAGACCAAACAUCCACCGGAUCCCUAACCAACAUCUAUAGACUGAUCACUGCCCAGAAAUUCGACGGCAGCUUCCACACCGCGGACGAGUAUGUGGUUGAACUCCUAGGUUCCAGGAUGGAUUCGGUUCCCGAGCCGUGCGGCGGAGAUAAAGUCGCUUGGGUUGCGUUGCUCAUUGCGGUGCUAUUAGAGAGGAGGUAUGCUUACCUUAGAGAUGUAUGGGAGUUGGUUGUUAGGAAGAUUUGGGUAUUCUUGGGUGGUAGGGAGGGAGUGAAAGUGGAAGAAGUGAAGGUGAUAGCGGAGGAACUAGUUGCUGAGUGGGAG